CUAGUUUUUCACUCUCAAGCGAAAUUAUUGGACAUUUCUGUAAAUUGAACGUCUGUUUCGAUAUGUUAGAUGUUCGAUUUUUUUCGUGUCGCCUGGAGCGUAUUAAUUUGCUAAUGGGAAGUAAACAAAAAAAAAAACUGGUUCAAAUCAUCUUCCGGUAAUAAAUCAGCACCGAAAUAAUCCAUUUCAAUCAACCGAUUAAUACAUUCUGAUAACUCUACUUCAACGAUUAAGACGUGUCCAAGAAAAUGUUUAGACUGAAAAUGCGAGUGAUCCAAAUUGUAUGUUCCUUUGUUGUGAUAUGUGCAGUGAACUAUUCAAACGGUCAAUUAUUUGGUAACCUUUUAAAAAAUGCCAUCGAAAAUAGCCGAUCGAAUCGAUUUCGAUUGGGAGAUGUAAUUAACUCUGCGGAGGAUGCAAGCAAAGGAAUUGCAUUGCACAUAGAUAAUGUUAUACCAACACCAGAGGCGUUUUUUAAUCUCGGUAAAAAUUUGAUCCUCGGUUAUCCGAUUGAACGGGCGUUCAGUGCUAUAAAUACAUUCUGUUCAUUUUCACUGGCUCAGAAGCAAGUGAAACCAAAAGUUUUGCCUGACUUGAACAAGAUGAAUUAUCUCUUAAAAACACCCGACCGUGACUAUUUGAUACCCAUUGAAACGCCAGGAAAAUUGUGGAGACAUCCAGCAUUUAAUCGUGAAUUGGAGACAACUUUUCUGGUUACAGGAUGGUUUUCUAACAUCAAUUCGACAUUGGAAAACGAUGCCCUGGAGACUGUAUGGGAAGCGUAUAAAUGCAGAGGAAAUUUAAAUUUUGUUGUAAUUGAUGCAGCUGAUUAUGUUGAUACAUUAUAUACUUGGUCUGCCUUCAACACAGAGGAAAUUGGUAAAAGUUUCGCAAAAGGUCUUGCUGAAUUGGUAAAAAUAUAUUCGGAAGAUAAUAUCCAUUUAGUCGGACAUUCUCUUGGUGCUCACAUUGUUGGUGCAGCGGGCAGAUAUUUUACUGAGUUCACAUCGAAAUCACUCCCACGCAUAACCGGAUUGGAUCCAGCUUCGCCUUGCUUCAAUGAAGGCGAAAAUUUGUCUGGUCUGUCUCGAGGUGACGCUUUGUUCGUUGACGUUAUCCAUAGCAAUAGCGGUGUUUUGGGUAAAAAGGAUCCUGUCGGCGAUGUUGAUUUCUACCCCAAUGGUGUAAACCCACUUCCGCCCGGCUGUCUGACCAUCGUUUGCGCUCAUGCAAGAUCUUGGGAAUUUUUUGCGGAAAGUGUUUAUCCGGGCAACGAAAGAGCAUAUAUGGCUACCAAAUGUAAUUCGAUCACAUCGCUCAAUAGUGGAAGCUGUCCCGGUAAACGUAUCCCAAUGGGUAUUGAUUGUCCGAGAACUGCUAAGGGAAACUACUUUUUGACAACAAAACGAUCGAAGCCGUUCGGUGAGAAUGCACUAAAGGAAUCAGAAAUCAAUUGCGCCAGAAGGGAGCCAAGCGACGACGUAUCAUUCGAGUAGCUUGAAAUGAAAAUGUUGCAAUGACGAACGAAAUUAAAAUGUUUAAACCGAA